AUGCAGCUGCAUAAGGAGGUGGUGCUCGGCAUCAGGCCUGCGGGAUGCACCGUCGGACCGAUGGGUCGCCUGCUGGCGGUGCCCGCCGUUGUCCUGGCUUUGGCCGUCGCCGCCAGCUCCGGCAAGUCCCAGAAGGGCCAGAGCUCCACCAAGACCCAGAGCGACAAGGCUGGCAAGAAGGCGUCCUCUGGCGACACUGGAGUGCCGGAGUGCCGGAGGUCGUCCUUCCGGUGCGGCUCGGGGGAGAAGCUGGUGCCCAAGGAGGGCUUCGUGCCGAUGAGCUACGGCUGCCUGGAGAUGCCCCAGCUGGACAAGUGCUGCGUGGAACGGGACGUCUGCAUGCGCACUUGCGGCAUGCCUGCCAAGACCUGCUUCAAGAGCUACGUGGCCUGCUCAAAGGGCGUAUGCGGUAAGGACGAUACUUGCAGGCAGAACGCGAAGACUCUGGGCAAGUCGACGGGGGGCAAAGACGACAAAGAGCUGUGCAAGACGUACGCGCAGGGGCAGCAGAUGGCCUGCGACUGCGCCAGCCAGUACGUCUGGAAGAGCCAGCUGAACAGUCGCCUGGUUGACUUCUAUCGGAAGCACCAGCCAGACAGGCUCGACGCGAAGGGUGGCCUCCUCAACGCGGACCGCGUCUGGGAGAAGUGGGCGGGGAACGAGUCGGCCAUGUUCUUGGCCCUCACGAUGAAGUACGGCUUCCAGAUCUCCUCACAUGGCGCUGGAUAUGGCCGCUACUGGCCAUGCUCGACGUCAGUGAAAGUCUGCUCCAGAGCGUUCCGGAACGCUCUCAGAGCGCUCCGGAACGCUCCGAGAAGGCCGCGGCGCCCGAGACAUACUCCAGAGCCGCCGGAUCUCAGAAUUUUUCGAUUCAUCCACACCCGACGUUUCGCCCCGUCUUGGCUUCGUCUUGUCCUCGCUUGCCAGAGGGCCUGGGCCGCAGUUCGGCGCAGCACAGCGUUGCGCGGGGACAGUGCGGGCAAUGUGGGCUCUCUCUCUCUGUCUCUUUCUGUGGAGCAGGCGCGCAGUGGCGCGCCGCGCAGUCCCGUGCGGGGCACGAACUCCGCUCGAAGAGGCGUCAAUUCUGCGGGGUGCGGCAUCAGAACGCACCCGCUGGGGCGGUGGGCGGAGCUACGGGUGGGCCGAGUGGGGUGUGGCCCAGACGUGAUCGCGUCGUGA